UAGUUGAUAGUGUCUUAUACGUCUCUUUAUAUACUCGUGUAAUCUGCUUACACUUGUUGACAACUAAACAAUUGUUAAAUCAUCUUCUUUAACGUUUCAAAAAUUUUGAUCAUAAAAUUAAAUACAUCCCUUUAAAUCUUUGGGAAUUUCUGGGUUGUUUUUUGGAGGAAUUAUUUUUCCAGAAUUGCAUUUUAAAAAUCCCAAGAAAUUAGCUUUUGAAAUUUCAGCAGGAAAUUAAAAUACGCCAAAACCAAGAUCACAAUCAAUUUCAGAGUAUUUGCAUGUAACUUAUUGUGACACCAUGCUUGGAAACGGAGUUCUUGGUAUUCUUUCAGAAACUUGUAACAAGUGGGAAAGACGAGCUCCUUUAACACCAGCUCAUUGUGCUCGACUUCUACACACUGGAAAAGGUAAAUCUGGUGUAGCUCGGAUAAUUGUCCAGCCAUCUACCAAGAGAAUCUACCAUGAUGCCCUUUAUGAAGAGGUUGGCUGUGAAGUAUCUGAGGACUUAUCAGAAUGUGGUCUUAUUGUGGGAGUCAAACAACCAAAGUUGGAGAUGAUCCUUCCUGAGAGAGCCUAUUCUUUCUUUUCACAUACCCACAAAGCACAGAAAGAAAGCAUGCCUAUGCUAGACAAGAUUCUGGCAGAGAGUGCAACUUUGUAUGACUAUGAGCUCAUUGUUGGAGAUCAUGGGAAAAGGUUACUGGCAUUUGGAAAAUAUGCCGGCAGAGCUGGAAUGGUCGACUUUUUGCAUGGCUUAGGACAACGUUAUCUUAGUUUUGGAUACUCAACACCCUUCCUUUCCCUGGGUUCAUCUUACAUGUAUACUUCUUUGGCUGCUGCUAAGGCUGCAAUCAUAUCCGUGGGUGAAGAGAUCUCCUCUCUCGGUCUUCCAUCUGGCAUCUGUCCUCUUGUUUUUGUCUUUACUGGAAAUGGAAAUGUUUCACAAGGCGCACAAGAGAUACUCAAGCUUCUUCCUCAUACCUUUGUGGAUCCUAGCAGACUCCCAGAAUUGUUUGAAAAGAAUCAGCAAUCUCAGGGAUCAAAGAGACUCUUCAAAGUAUAUGGUUGUGUUGUAACGAGUAAAGAUAUGGUUGAACCAAAAGACCCAAGUAAAAUCUUCGAUAAAGCUGACUACUACUCACACCCAGAGCAUUACUCUCCAAUUUUCCAUGAAAGAAUUGCUCCAUAUGCAUCUGUCAUUGUCAAUUGCAUGUACUGGGAACAAAGAUUUCCUAGGUUUCUGACCACCAAGCAGCUUCAAGAUUUAAAGAGCCAAAGAUGUCCACUUGUUGGUAUUGCCGAUAUCACAUGUGACAUAGGAGGAUCCAUUGAGUUUGUUAACCAAGCCACCACCAUUGACUCACCUUUUUUUAGGUUUGAUCCACUGACGGAAUCAUACCAUUAUGACAUGGAGGGUACUGGUGUAAUAUGCUCAGCUGUCGACAUCCUCCCUACUGAGUUUGCCAAAGAGGCUUCCCAACAUUUUGGCACUAUCCUGUCACAAUUUAUUGGUCACUUGGCUUCCACAAAAGAUUUUGAUGUUCUACCUCCCCAUUUGAAACAAGCUUGUAUAGUACACAGGGGAGCACUUACACCCUUAUAUGAGUAUAUUCCUCGUAUGCGAGAAUCUGCUUCAGAUGAAUUGUCCCAGAAUCUGCCAGAUUUCCAUCCUAAUAAGAAAACACACACGCAAUUGGUGUCUUUGAGUGGUCAUCUGUUUGAUGACUUUUUGAUAAACGAGGCUUUGGAUAGAAUUGAAGCAGCAGGAGGCUCCUUCCGCUUGGUGAAAUGUCAUGUCGGCCAGAGUGCUGAUUCUACUUCAUACUCGGAGCUUGAAGUUGGAGCUGAUGAUAGCAAAGUUUUGGACCAAAUUAUUGAUUCGUUAACAUCUCUUGCCAAUAUAAGGGGAAAAAAGGGGACUGUAGAGAAUCAACCAAACAAAUUUUCCCUGACUGUUGGCAAGAUCCAGGAGAAUGGUUUAGAUCAUGGAAAUCAGACAAAAAGAAAAGCAGGAGUACUAAUUCUUGGUGCUGGUCGCGUAUGCCAACCAGCUGCUGAGUUUUUAGUAUCUAUCAAAGACCUUUCUUCUUGCCCUUUGUUUGAGAAGUGCAUGGAUUUGAAUAUUGAUGUGGAAAAUGAUAUCCAAGUCACUGUUGCAUCUCUAUAUCUAAAGGACGCUGAAGAGGUCAUCCAAGGUAUUCCAGAUGCUAUUGCUGUGCAGCUAGAUGUGUCAGACAAAGAAAGUCUGCACAAGUAUGUUUCACAGGUUGAAGUUGUUAUUAGUCUACUUCCUCCGAGCUGCCAUGUUGCAAUAGCGAAAGCUUGUAUUGAGCUUAAGAAGCAUCUGGUUACUGCUAGCUAUGUUGAUGAUUCUCUGUUGAAGCUUGAUCAAGAUGCGAAGGAUGCUGAUAUAACAGUUAUUGGUGAGAUGGGCCUUGAUCCUGGGAUAGAUCACAUGCUGGCAAUGAAAAUGAUAAACGAAGCACAUACCAAAGGGGGAAAAGUUUGUUCAUUUACUUCUUAUUGUGGAGGUCUUCCGUCUCCAGCAGCCGCCAACAAUCCGUUAGCCUAUAAAUUCAGUUGGAACCCUGCUGGUGCUUUGAGAGCUGGCCGUAAUCCUGCCACAUAUAGAUCUCAUGGAGAAGUGAAACAAGUUAAUGGGGAUAAUCUGUAUGAUUCAGCUGUGAGGUUUCGGCUGCCUGACUUUCCAGCUUUUGCAUUAGAAGUCCUUCCAAAUCGUAACUCUCUGAUUUAUGGAGACAUCUAUAAAAUUGGAGAUGAAGUAUCAACAAUCUUCCGAGGAACUCUUCGUUAUGAAGGUUUCGGUGAGAUUAUGGGGACAUUAGCAAGGAUUGGUUUCUUUGACACUGAAGCUCAAACAAUCCUUAAAAGUUCCGAGAGACCUACUUUUGUAACAUUUACACUGAAGCUCCUUGAUAUUGAGGAGACUUUAUCAGGCUCUGAUAUCGGAGAGACUGAUAUUGCAGAAAGGAUCAUAUCACUUGGACAUUGCAAAGAACAAGCAGUUGCCUUAAAGACUGCCAGGACAAUCAUAUUCCUGGGAUUUUGUGAGCAUACAUUAAUACCUUCUACAUGCAAGAGUGCAUUUGAUGUCGCUUGUCUCCGCAUGGAAGAAAGACUUUCUUAUUCUAUCAUAGAGCAGGAUAUGGUCCUUCUGUAUCAUGAAAUUGAGGUAGAAUUCCCAGAAUCCCAAAAGAUAGAGAAACACCAGGCAACUCUCUUGGAAUUUGGAAAGACCGAAAAAGGAAGAAUGACAACUGCCAUGGCACUGACUGUAGGAGUUCCUGUAGCAAUUGGAGCCCUGCUCUUGCUUUCAAACAAGAUAAAGUCUAGAGGAGUUUUGAGGCCCAUCGAACAGGAAGUUUAUGCUCCAGCGCUGGAUUUGAUACAAGCAUGUGGAAUCAACUUGUUGGAGAAGAUAGAAUGAAUCUCAGUAUAUAUCUACCAGUUUCAAUCAACUAAUUUAAUCCUCGUAUAUAUUUAGUCCAAUAAACCCAAUUAGUUCAUUGAAAUUUAGGCUCUAAACCACGACGUUUGUCAGAUUUUCUGUACAGUUCAUGUUACUACUGUAAUUAGCCAUGGCCGCCCCUGACAGAUCAAGAGCUGUAAGAUGUAUUUAUAUACAACAUCAUAACAGUUAAACACCUUCAAAUUAUAAGGAUCAUUCAAAUUAUAAUACCAAUUUGAGGUACCGAAAUCAAUGUUCUUUCUUCA